GCCACCUUGGCUCUGGCCUGCCAAGCAACGCCGUCAUUUCUUGCCUUCCUUCCUCCGUCAAUGCAUAUAUAUACACAUACACAUGGCACUGCGUGUGCUUUUCUGCCACUUCCCCACUUGUGAACACAGCUUUCUCUCCCUUCUUUGAGCGUGCCAAGACUCUCGCCCGAAAGCAUGGCACCGUCAAGACUCUCGUUAUCCUUGGCUGCAGUCCUAGCGGGCCUAACUCCGUUCGCUGACGCAUUGCCCGCUCCCGAUCCCGUCGCAGAGGCUCAUCCUGAGAUUACGCCCUUUCGCGUUCCUCAGCUUCCUACCAGAACAUACGCCUAUGACCGCAGAAACAUCUUGAGCGAUCUCGAAGGCGACGUCAAGUCCGUCCUCAGCGUCUUAGGCUCGGACAUCCCGUCGUAUGUGGCAUCUGGUGUCCCCAACUUCUUCCAGAAUUUCCCCAGCGGCGAAGCAGUCCAGAGUUCACUUGGUAUCGACAGCAGCCAACUGGCUGCUCUUCCAACAAACGUUCUCAACUUGCCUCCUUACGGAAAUUGGACCGAUCAAGGUUGGAACGUGCGCUUCCACGGCAAUGUGUACAAGCAACCGAACACAUCGAUCGACAAGCUCAAUGAGUUGGCGAACGUUUUCUUGAUCGGCACAAGCAUUCAAGAUCUUCCUGCGGACCAGCAAGCACAGGCCCGCAACCUGACUGCAGAGAUCUUUGUAGUGCAACAAGGCAAUGAGACUGUCACCCUUAACCUUGAACCCGCUCCGUCAGCAGGCUCUAGCGGCGAGCCCGGUGGAGGAGGUGCCGUUCAAGCACCAGGAGGCACCCAGAACCUGACCUUGCCGUACCCCACGACAGGCGAGGGUGAUUUCGAUGUGUUUAUGCCAAUCCAGCAGGGCAAUCUCAUGGCCGGGAAUGCGACGCAAGAAAUACAGCGUCUGAAUGUGUACGCCAAUGGCUCUGAUUUGGGAAAUGCGACGGCCUAUCUUGUGCCACCUACAGGCUUCACGGUCGUUAGCGACAUAGACGACAUCUUACGCAUCACGAAAAUCUACGAGCCCAAGGAAGGCCUUCUCAACUCGUUUGCCAGGCCGUACGUGCAGUGGGAAAACAUGCCUGAUAUUUACGCGAAUUGGAGCCGCAGCAUUCCAAACAUACACUUCCAUUAUUUAACCACGACGCCAGAACAGGUUACCAGAAACUACAUGGACUUUAUCUACAAGACAUAUCCAGGCGGCUCAUUCGACACAAGACCGCUCAACUUUAGCAAUGUCGACGCCACACUCAGCAUCCGCAAGUUCCUGCUUGACAAGAUCUUCGACACGUUCCCAACCCGCAAAUUCAUCCUUGUCGCUGACACUUCCAAUUCGGAUGUCAUGAGGGAUUAUCCUCAGCUUGCGACGGACAGACCGGAUCAGGUGCAGUGCAUCUUCUUGCGUAACACCAGCGCGACGGAUUCCGGCGACAAGUUCCCCUACGACACGUCUGGAUUCAAAGGAAUCCCACAGAACAAGUACAUGUUUUUCAAGGUGCCUGAUGAUUUGAAAAAUCUCGAUGUCGUGGGCGGACAAUGCUGGAACCAGACCAUCCCGCAGAACGUUACAUUUGGUCUACAGGACGAGGAAUUAGGAAUCCAUGGCAGCGGCGCAGCGAGCUUGAGCGUUAGUCGCGGAAGCUUCUUUGCCCUCAUGACAAGUUUAAUUAUGAGUUUCUGGCUAUUUGCAUAGAUGCAUUUUGGGAGUAUUGAUGAAGAUUCUAAGGGAUUCCUCUCACGCGUACGAUACGACGAGUACGAUUUGAAUGUGGGCCGGGCAGCAUCCGAAAGUAAUUAUAGUAAUCCACCUCUUUGAGCUUAUUUUCCUUGCGCAGGAAUCCGGUUAUGUGCCGACGCUGCUAUUUCGCUCCGGCCCUGGAGUUCAGUGAAUUCCUCAUCAAGGGCAUAUGUACACUACUUAAUCUAUGCUUCCAGUAAAUCAAAUUUUUCCUUUUCCUUCAG